GUGCUGCAUAAAAGUGUGUUUAUCAAUAGGUGAAAAACUUCGUCUUCGUUUUCGUAUAAAAAUUCGUCUUCUUCCGUACAACAAGACCGCCGAAAAGGAGAACUGAUACCCAAGCCUACCCAAGUGGACAAAUGACGACCGACGAUCGCGCCACAAGCCCACCUGGCGCACUGUACAGGUUACUGGGUAUUACAAACGACGCGGCGGAAGAAGAAGUAAUCACAGCUUACAAGGAAAAAGUGAAGACUUAUGAGAAGACGACGAGAGAAACAAAGGAGAAGCGCCUGUUGACCGCAGUACGCCAAAAGUUCUCAGAGGUAGGAAAAGCAUUCUAUGUACUCUCAAACAAAGACCGCCGUCAUAAAUAUGACGAAUCAAAUGUGAUUGAGGAGCCUGCGAAACGAGACAAAAAGGCCAAACCAAACUGUGAAUACUUUGUACAGUACAACGACAACAGUGUAACAGUUCAUAUUCCGUUGGGUUCGGAUAAACAUUGGGUUGAGAGUAUCGAAGCGCACUAUGACGCGCCCAUGGAAAACAAAGGCAGGAAUGGAUACCAAUUGUCUGUGCCCUUUCAUGAUUCCGACCAAAACGAACCUGUCGGUAUGGUUACUUUACAUGUGUAUCACACUUGUAAAAUCCUCGUACAAGGAUCGGCUUGCUACCUUUGGGUCAUGUAUACAUUCAAAGAGUUGAAGAAUCGCCGGUUACCUGAAGAUAGAACAUGCCGGUUACCUGAAGAUAGAACAUGCCGGUUAUCUGAAGAUAGAACAUGCCGGUUACCUGAACAUAGAACAUUCGAACAUUCGACGGCCACCGAGGAACCUGAUGUACGAUGUGAGGACAUCGUGUGUAACAAGUGUAAACGUCCCGGCCCUGAAGAUGAAGGUGUGAUACAAUGCAACUCAUGUCAAAAGUGGCUCCACUAUUCUUGCACGAAUGUUCACGCGUUCCUCCUUCACGAACUCAUCAAAGACGAGGAAAGUGAAUUUGUUUGCAAUGAUUGUACACUUGCCACUUUCGCUAAACCAGUAUCACCAUGCCAAGACUCGCUUGAAGAAACUAUUCCAAAGCAGACUGUCAAAGAAUCUGCCUCAGCGAAAGCCGAUGGUAAUAAUAACAAUGACGACAAUGACAAACUACAGUCCCUUCAAUGCAGUGUGGAUAAGAUUGAGGCCAUCUUAACCAGCAGGAUCGCAAACGAGAACAACAAGUUCGACGCUUUGUCGAUGCGUCUUUCUUACCUUGAAGCCGCGUUGUCUAAAACAAAGGAAGCACCCGACGAGAAAAGGCAAAAGAGAAUGACAUCGAAGUGUUAA